UGCAAGUUUCAACUUCCAGCAUUUGUACAUGUGUAAAUCUGUGCAUCCGAACCGGUGUCUUUCGUUAGCUAAAAUGGAAGUGAGAUCCGCAGUUUCCACGGCGUUGUUCGUGUUAUUAACCAUUUCUUUAGGCAUCUUGUGGAUGUGUGAUGCAACAAUACAAGUUGAGAGACCGAGAGGGGUAUCUCUUAGUAAUGAACCUUUUUACAACAAGGGUAGUCAAGGCGAAUGGUUUACAUGCAUAGAUGGCUCUAUGAAGAUACACAGAACUCAGAUCAAUGAUGAUUACUGUGACUGUCCGGACUCAUCCGAUGAACCAGGCACAUCAGCUUGUCCUGAUGGAAGAUUCCAUUGUAACAACAGGGGUUACAGACCAUACUACAUUCCCUCAUCAAGAGUAAAUGAUGGCAUUUGUGAUUGCUGUGACGCCUCAGACGAGUAUGAGGGACCCGGGGCAGGCAAGUGUGUCAAUAACUGCAAGGAGCUCGGGAAGAAGGACCUAGAGGAACGCAAACAACAGAUGGUGCUCUUCAACCAAGGCUUUGAUAUUAGACAACAAUAUAUCAAUGAUGGGCUCGCAAAGAAAACAGAACGAGAAGGGGAAUCGAAGACACUGCAGGCUGAGAAAGAAGAGGCUCAGAGAGUGGUUGAUGAAAAGAAAAAGGUACGCGAUGAAGUUGAAGGUCCAGAGACCGAGGCCAAAGAUAAACACAAAGCAGCCUGGGAGGCCGAAGUAGCCGCGAGGAAAGCAGCGGAGGAAAGGGAGAGAGCUCUGCAGGCUUUCAAGGAACUGGAUAUUGAUUCAGAUGGACGAAUUGUGUUCCAUGAGUUAGCAAACCGGUUGGAGUUUGAUACAGAUAGCAGUGGAGAUUUGAAUGAAGAGGAAGCUAAGGCUGUUCUAGGAGGAGCCAAUAUAGUAGAAGAAGCUGUCUUUGUCGAGCAGAUCUGGAAUGAUGUCAAGGAGAAAUUCAAGUUUGCCCAUGAGUUAGCAGCAGAGGAAGCACUGAAGCAACAAGAAGGACAGGAGCAACAAGGAGAGGAACCCGCUGCCUUCGAAAAAAAUGCUUUUGAGGAAGUCCAUGACGACAUUGAUGAGGACAUCGAAGAUGAAUGGGCGGAAGACGAUGAUGAAGAUGAGGAAGACUUCUACGAGGAGGAGGAAGAUGAGUUUGAUGAGGACCUACCAGAGGAGGCACGUGGAGUGCUGCGUCAGAAGAGACUGGAUAGAUUGACUAAGAAACGAGAGAUGAAGGAUCAUGCCAAGCCCUCGGAGGAUGAGAUGCCGGAUUAUGAUGACGCUACUAAAGCUCUCAUUGCAGCUGCCGACCAGGCUAGGAAAGAACUAGAAGAGGCUGAGAAGGCCCUGAAGAACAUUGAUAGGACCGUUGGAGACCUGGAGAAGCAGCUGAGAGUAGAUCUAGGACCAGACCAGGCCUUCCAAGCCCUACAAGGACAGUGUUAUGAGUACACUGAUAGAGAAUACACAUACAAGUUGUGCCCAUUUGAAAAGUCUUCCCAGAGAUCUAAAAAUGGAGGUUCGGAAACUUCUCUAGGCUCAUGGCACCAAUGGGAAGGUCCUCCAGAUAACAAGUAUUCUCUCAUGAUGUAUACUAAAGGUCAGAAGUGUUGGAAUGGUCCUGAUAGAUCCACGAGGGUGAAUUUAAGAUGUGGCGUUGAGAACAGAGUCCUGUCGGCCUCAGAACCUGAUAGAUGUGUCUACCAGUUUGAGUUUACCACCCCAGCUCUCUGCACAUACAAAUAUGAUUUGAGCACCGGAGAAACUGAUACCCAUGAUGAGCUAUGAUGUAGCAUACCUGUCCCAUACGUUCAAUUUCAUGUAAUGUUUAGUCAAAGGGCUCCAAAUGUUGAAGUCGCAAACAUAUAAACUAUCAUAACGAAGACUUAGUAAUAUUUAAAAUGUAAUUUAAUUUUGUAUACGUCACGGUUAAAUACAAGUGAAAUUAUGAGGUGCUUUUAUACUCUAAAUAUGUAAUUUAAGUCAAGAUGUUAGAGAUUUGCUACCUCGUAUUAUCCCAACAAUUUGAAAAUUCUGUUUGGCAAACAAGGUCAAUAGUAUAUUGCUGAAUAAGAAAGUGCUGUGUAAAAAUGAAUGGUUUCUAAAUCCACCUUUAAAUUGUAGGUUCAAAAUGUUUGUUUUUUCUGUUCUGUAGUUUUUGAAAUUGCCAGACAUAGCAACAAAUAAUGUAUCUAGACUGGAUUCCAAGUGUUGUAGUUCAUCCAUUAAUAACUGGUUACUGGAAUACCACGUCACUAAGUACCCAGGAAAGAAACAUCCAUAAAUUUGAAUACGUUAGUAAACCGGUCUAUUGCAACCCUAACCCAAUAUGCUUUUAGUAGGAAAUAAAAUCUGGAGAAGUUGUUCAAUCACCUCCGUUUUAUUUUAAAAUGUUUGCUGUGUCUUCACCAUUUGGAGUUCCUUAGUUAGAACUACAGAACUUGUGGGUCAAUCUCAAACUAGCUUAUUAGAAGUUGGGAUAGUUAUGAUAAGGGAGCACAUUCGUACCAAAUAGAUGUUUACUUUUAUAUUACAAUCUUAAGAAAAAUGUAGACCAAGUAUUUCUUGUAUUUUUCCACUUUCGUUGAUAUUUUGAUUAUGACAUUGAAAGUUAAAAAAGUAUCUGAAUAUGUAUCAUCCAAUGAUUAUGUUGAUGUAAUUGUGAUCGGCAGUGUUACACUGUUUCGUUUGUCUGACACAAAUAGUCUUACUAUUUAUAUUUUUCAGCAUUUCUAAGAAAUUGUUAUGUACUCUGUGAUAUCUCUUCCUAUGAUUUGGGAAAUAAACAUCUACUGGAUGGCAACGCAUUGUUGAUAGAAGUGAAUACAAUUCAGAAUCAUCAUUAUAGUGAAUAGUAGAUAGUUUUACUGCACUACAGUACAUGUUUCUGUAUAUUUUGUUCAUUUUUCGAAAGUAUUACCGGUAGUGCAUAGAAUAAAGUAAAUUACAUCAAACCAAUAGCGUAGAAAGAAGUAAGAGUUGCAUCCUUGUGUUCCAACUUAGGCUGUAAUAAAAGGCAAAGCAUGUGCAUGGGACUUGUAAAGUUUUUCAUGCACAAUUUUUAAUGAAACCUCAUGUGCAAAUGUAUUAUUUUUCAGGACACACCGGUAGGAUAUUCGGAACAUAUGCCUGUCACUAUAACUUCAUGUAUACAAUAAAUGAUACGGUACAUGUGUAUUUCAUGCACUCUGCUUGCAUUUAGAAUUGAUUCACCAUGUAGAGUACCGGUAUAUGAAUUUAGAUGGAGUGACAUGAACUUGAGAUUAUGACUUAAAAUCUGCCAGUUUUAUACAAAAUGCCUUUCGAUGUAGACAGCUGUAGGUACAAGAAUUAUGACUUUCUAUUUCAUACUGCUUUCGUGCUGAUUAGCUUGUGGCUAAACAAUAACUACUAAAUAUCAUAUUGAGUGCUGAAAGAAUAUUGAUUUAUACGUGUGAUUCAUCAAAAUGUAUGCAUCUUAAUUUGUGAGUAAGAGAGGCAAAGUCAACAUACAUGUAUAUGUAAUGUAUGAGAUACUCAAUUCAGCUGUUGGUUGGUUUGAUUAUUUUUGACAUAUUGUGUGAUAGUUUGGAACAUAUUAGUGGAGUAUUGUAAUUGGAAUUAUCUUGAUUUGAAUUCAGUUAUAAACAGACUUUACAGAAUUAGUCCAGUUAUCUGAAAAACAUGAACAUCAGUCCUCACCAGUGUUUGUGAUGUAUUGUUUUAUUAUCAGCUAUGUUUCUUGUGUCAUUUUAUCAAAACCAAAGCAAAAAUAUAAGAUUGAAGAAGAAUACUUUGUACUUUUUGCAGAAAGAUUGUUUCCUCUUUUCUCCUGAUAUAUUUAUUUUGUUUUGAUUUAAUUUGAUAUGAAAGAAAAAGAUUUGAAGAACUGGACAGGAAUGCCUCAUUUUGGCUGUUCAAGAUUUUAAUCAGACUUUAGAAUGUACAGAAUGAAUAGGGCUCCAUUUUUAGGCUAAUUUAGUUAAACCACCAAUUAUUCCUGUCAAAAAUAUGUGUCAAUAAUCAGAUUUAAAAUAGAUUAGAUGGAUUGAAUUUCUAUGAAUUGAAAUUGAUAAAAUGUUGACUGUAUGAUUUAAGGAAAUUCACUUCUGGCUAUUGUGCAUUACCAUUGAAACGCUAUACCCCACCCUUUCUAUCAUACUAAUAUUACUUGUUGAAGGAACUAGGAAAAGGUGUGUGAUACAGAAUGAAAAUGUGAAAGUUUUUCUUUCCUGUUUGUAUAAAAUCAAGUAAUGUACAUGUUUUGACUAGAAUACUACUGGAAGGUCAUGAUUGAUGAAUGGAACAGCAAUAAAUGGAUCAAAGUAACAAAUA